ACAAUGGAGUAGUGCUCGUGCUCUUGGCCACUUUGGGCAUCUAACCACCCCUGGGUAGUUUGAGGAGCGUGGUCGGCGUUCCGGAGACAUCUAACCGGUUUCUGCAGCAGGGCGCUUCCGGCUGCUGCUGCUGCUGCUGCUACCCGACUUUUCAGUGAGAUCGGGACAAGAAGAGCGUGUGUACGAGUGAAGCAAAGCGAUCCCAAAAAUUGACGACAACAGUAGCAGCGGCGACGCAGGCUACAACCGAACAUUGACGCUGUGUUACAUUCGAGGCCGUGGUUCGACGGAAUAGAGAAAACAAAUUUUGACGAAGAGAUAGGACCUGGGUAGGACAACCAUUUUUCACGAGUGCUGCUUCCCUCUUUUGACUAAGGCUGCUAGCUGAGAGUCGAAAACUUGCCGCGUUUCGUCUUCGUGCAACGUUCAAGUCGAUCAUCCAUCGAACGGCUUUUUCGUACCCAAACUAUCGGUCCACCACUAACUGUGAAGGAACCAAAAUCGAGACAUCAGAUGGCUAACGACGAGGUGUUAUAGCGGACGUACCAUCAGCGCCAGCGUCAUGCACUCGGGAUUGUUGUCAGCUGUGAGAGGAAGCGUAUGUUAAUUCUGUGUGUGUUUUUGCUACAUAUCUGUCGAUGCCGAUAUCUGUUCCAUGCUACUACCUGAUUGCGAAGGAUUACGCUUUGCAUCGUGCUACUUGCGUGUGAAUAUACUUCAAUCUAUAUACUUGUUGUCGGGCGGAGUUCGACUUUGUAACGAAAAAACGAGGGCUUCUUCGAGCUGGCAAGGUUCGUGAGGGAUCGCUUGCGCUGGAUUCGUUGGCUAGCGAAAAGAAAUGAGUGUACGGUGAAACGUUUGGGUAACGAUCUUUGAACGCUCCCAUAUAGGGUAACCGUAAUGCUCGUAGAUAACAGUAUACGUAUGAGUUCGAAUGCAGGGAUGUGCACUGUUGUUCUUUUCGGCUCGCAGACAACUACGAAGCCUCAACAAGCUGCCUUUACGUCCGGCGGAGCUUAUGCUGGCGUCUCCGGUAGUGCCUGCGUAUUUUGUACAGCUGUGCUAAUAGUAUCGCUUAAAAGCUAAACUACUGACCGACUGGAGCCCGUACCUGUGUGUACUGCCUAAAAUUAGGCUGUCAUAGCACGCUACGGUACAAGCCGCAAUAGGAAAGAAAUUGUCAGCGGGCCCUUCUCAACGCUGCGGCAGUAGGCCUACAAAAUUCGAUAUGGAUAAAGCUACAAGAGCCAUUCGAAGGAGUGGAGUCCGUCUGAAAUCGAUUAACUCUGGCCACACCGAUCUGGCGUUGGUUAUUUCCGGAAUCAGAGAUAUGCGUAUAGGAUUAAAAUCGUUCCAGAAUGCGCAAACCGCUGUGUCGCAAGAUAUGAUGGUGUGGUCGCACACGGACGAAAAUCGGGCAAUCCAAGAUGUCAUGGAGCAAAUCAAUGAGCUACACAUUUUUUGGGCAGAUUCACAAAAGAACUUCCUUGAUCAGCUAAAAUCAUUCAAGCAUGACUUUGAGAUGAUUUUGGAAGGUGAACGGCAGGUAGACGCUGCGCGGGGGAAGCUUGCUCAAGCAGAACAGCGCGAGUACAAAAUCAAGAAAGAGCUCAAAAAGGCCGUCAAGAAAGCUUCAGUGGAAGAAUUGAACAGUCUCGAAACAAAACUAACAGAUGCCGAGAGGGCAAAAGAUUUGGCGCAAUUCGAUGCGGUCGAAAAGAUGCAAGAAAACGAAGCGUGCAAGCUUAUUCGUUUGAAGGAAGGUCUAAGUAAAUUGAGUGAAAGCUAUCUGGAGAUGGCACACAAGAUGGCGAUCAUCUUUGAAGCCCAACGAGAAGUAACACAGGCAAUUCCAGAUGUUCAUACUACGGCAUUGCACGAGAUGAAGUACACAGGAGGUGGUGCCACGAAACGGGCCGUCCAGAAGGCCAAGGACCGUCUCGAUCGAUACCAUUCCUUCAAGUAUAAACUUGUGGCUCAUGGUACUGUUGAAGAGCCCCCACCGCCCUACACGCCAGGAUACUUCGCUUCGGAAGCCGGGAUGCCGUAUGAGCACGAUUUAGCCUCAAAUGAUGUCCGCCUUCGGCCGGCCCGCGUAAUGUCUAUGGAGCCACAAGCGCCUCCUUUGGACGACGAAACGGUUCUACGAGACCAGAGGGAGUACCUCAGAGUUCAACGGGACAGAGAACGUGCCGCGCGUAGAUACUCCAGCGAAGAUGAAGAACAACAACGAUUGGGCGCCCACAAACUAUAAUAGUAGUAAAAACUUAUCGAGAUGUUAUGUGGAGACAAUGGGAAACAACAAAAAGAUAAGAAGACUGGAAAAGAAGGCGACAGAGAGAAAAGGUGCAGCAAAGCAGAUCUUUAAUUACUUCAUGGCCUGAUAGUUUGGUAGUUCUUCACACCGAGCCUAGGCUUUUUUCAAGUCUUAAAUUCACUGCCACUUGGCAGAGUGAAGAAGUAUUUCAAACAGACUGAGCUUCAGAUGGUUGUUUACGAUAGUGUGGGAGGUAGCUGGAGUUGUGAGCUGAAAAUAGGGUGAAAUCGACAAGCAACAAGCAAGAUUUACAUAGUUGAAUUUUUGACAAAUGACUUACAGAAAAGGAUAGCUGAAUACUUUUCCCUGACCUCUUGGCCCUUGUUGUAUUUGUGGUUUAUCAUUUUUUAUGAUGAACCUCUGUGUAGACGACAUCGUUAUGUAUCUAGAUAGCUACGCCCAAGUACUUAACAGAAGUAAAGGACAUUCAAAGCCGAUACUUAUUUUAGACUUAUACUCCUGCAACGCCUCAAGCUGAACUCCCCCAGAGUAAUGAGAUACCUGAGAUGAAGGAAACGUACGCAGUCAAUCUGACCUUUAAAGUAAUCAAAGGAGUAAAUAGAGCCAUCCUUCGCAAGUUGGCAGGAGUGGAAUCAGCAGCAGCAAUCUUCCGCAAAGCAGUGCCACUUCUUCGUCUAUUAUUAUUGUCCUGUACAGGUCCUACUUCAAUAUUAAGUAGACAGUGUAGGAUGAAAGCUUUCCACAUUCGUUGACAUAGUACACUUGAUUAAUAUCGUUUAAAACCGACCUUGUUUUGUUCUAAACAUUACCUUUAACCUCAAACCACUUUUUGUUAAAAGCGGUUAAAAAAUCAACAACAACACAAAUAACUCGCUAUUAUUUUAGGGUUAAACCUUUUUUAGCUAAGCCUAAAUUAGGAAAUUGAAGAUGACUCAAGCGAUUAACUCAAUAAACAGACAAAUUAAAUACUUCCAAUUGAAAUCGACCAGAGCGAACACCUAAAAAAUUAUCAUCCCAAAGAAUACUUAGUAGGUCCGUCGGGCAACGACAGCAUGAAAAAAUCGUGACAAACACAAAAUACUUAUAGAGAAAGCCCAUAAUAAUGCUACGAAAUACAAUGGAAUGAUGGUUCGUUAUUACAUCAGCGGCAGUCAACUAUAGAACGCGAAGGAGAGCAAAAAAGAAGUGGUGGAUUACCAACGUCGGAGACUUUGAGCGCUGGGUAAAUAUGACUAUGUUGCUCCGUAUAGCAAACAAGUUGAUCAAGUAAAGGGUAGGGAACAGAUGCACUUCCCAUCUGCUCUCGGUCCUCUACAAUCAACCCCAUUUUGUAUUGAUCUUAAACUCAUCCAAAGGCACCAA